UAUGAUUGUUCGAAUUGAUGUUGUUGUUGUUGUCUGACCUUUGUUGUUUUUUCGGAUUGAAAAUCCAAAUUUAAAGAUUUUUAUUCAAUAUAAAUCGAUUAAUCGAAAAUAAUGGCUCAUAUAGCCGAUUAUUUAAAACGUGAUCUUUUGUCGCAUACACGACGUGUGCAAAAUCUUUACAAACGAUGUGUUCGUAAUGAAGAAAGUUUUGUUAAGGAUAAAGGUGAUAUACAAUUCGUUUGGGCAACUGUACGUGCAGAAUUCGAAAAACAUCGUCAUGUAAAAGAUUUACGUGUGGCAAAAUUAUUGAUCGAUGAUGGUGAACGACGUUUAUUCGAACAUCAACAUCCGAAACCGAAAAAAUUUAUUUUUUCACCCGGAGGUUUAAUGUUUGAACGUGAGCAUAUCUACGAUAAUUCUCUUUUGGAUCUAUGGCAUCCACUUGAAAAAGCUCAAUAUCCAUAUUAUUUUGAACGUCGUGAACAAUUGAAAAAAGAAUACAUUCAAAAUUGGGAGAAAAAUUCAAAUGGCAAUUCGGACGAUCAAAAACAACAUUCGCAUUAGAAUUUUAUUAUGAUUAUUCUGUACACAUUGU